UGAAGAUCCCUACCUGUCAUCUAUGCCAUGAGUAGAGACGGAAGCGUUACUACUCAUGUCGGAGUAUUUCCCAGCGUAUAAGAGUAGGGGUGGGCAUUGAAUUCUCCGAGAAGAUAUCAGCAAGCAUCCCCUUCCCAACAACCCAGCAUCUCGGGCACUCACCAUGCGUCUUCCUUCUCUUCUUUCUCUGCUUUAUGCCACCACGGCGCUGGCCGCCCUCCCUUACAAGGGCAUAGACUGGUCGUCCCUGCUUAUCGAAGAAAAAGCCGGCAAGGUCUACAAGAAUGCCGCAGGACAAACCCAACCCCUCGAGACCAUCUUGAAGAACACGGGCGUCAACACCGUCCGCCAGCGCCUAUGGGUCAAUCCUUCUGAUGGAAACUACAACCUCGACUACAAUAUCAAACUGGCAAAGCGAGCCAAAGCCGCAGGCCUACAGAUCUACCUAGACUUCCACUACAGUGACAACUGGGCGGACCCAGGCAACCAAGCCACGCCUGCAGCGUGGAAAGGGCUAGCCAAAGACGCCCUGGUCACGAAGAUCUAUGACUACACCAAGAGCGUCCUGGACACCUUCCAAACCGAAGGUAUCCCCCUGAGCAUUGUCAGCAUCGGCAACGAAAUCACACCAGGUCUACUCUUUCCCACCGGCCAACUAAGCGCCAGCAACGGCCCGGCAAAUGUCGCCGCCCUGCUCAAGAGUGCUAGCAAAGCCGUCAAGGAGAGCCGCAUCCGACCCACGCCCAAGAUCAUGAUCCACCUCGACAGCGGCUGGAACUGGGAGACGCAAAAGUGGUGGUACAACACUGUCCAAGCCGGCGGCCUCUCGACGUCAGACUACGACAUCCAGGGCCUUUCGUACUACCCGUUCUACAACCCUUCCGCUACCCUCGCAGCCAUCUCAACCUCAAUGGCCAACUUGGCCAAGACGUUCAACAAGGAGGUUAUGAUUGUCGAGACCAACUGGCCGUCGUCCUGCCCCAACCCGAAGUACGCGUUCCCUGAGGACACCAAGUGGGUUGACAUCAGCGCAUAUGGUCAGGCACAGUGGAUUAAGGAGUUGGGCAAGCGUGUCGCUGCAGUGCCGGGAGGAAAGGCAACAGGUCUCUUCUACUGGGAGCCUUCUUGGAUCGAAAACCCAGGGCUUGGAAGCAGCUGUGACUGGAAUUUGAUGUUUGCGAACGACGGAACGGUCAUGGAGGGCAUGGCUGCGUACAAAACCAUUUGAGAGGAUCUGACCGCUGUUUUUGUUAGGUCGGCAACUCACCCUGUAUAGUAGUACAUAGUAGUGCUACAACGGGGAAUUUGUAUAUAAUUAUUCAUUUCUUCUAAUACAAGACGCUCCAAAACUUUACGUGAGAG